AUGCAGUAUGCGCUUCUCCAGAUCUUCAGCAUCUACAGCUCUGAGCUGCUGGAGCCAGGAGAUGCCAAUCAGCUUUAUGCAGCGGCCAACUGGGGCGCAUGCUUCCUGGCAGCUCCCGCAGGAAUCGUCUUCGAUGCCCUUGGUCCUGCCUGGGCCUGUCUACUUGGCGGGCUUUGCAGCAGCUCUGGUAUGGCAUUGGCCCUGGCAUCAUUGCUCGGAACACCGAGGAUCUAUUCAGCCAGUCUUGGAUACUUCCUCUUUGGUUUCGGAGCCACGCUUCUCAACACGGUUGCCGUUCUAGCUGCAGUGCGCGCAGCACCACCGAAGCAGUCUGCAAAGGUCUCUGCAGGCGUACUGUGCUCGCUUGCCAUUGGAAUGAGCAUCCACACGGCCGUGCACGCACAAUGGUUUCGCGGAGCACCUUUCAACUUCCUGUCCUACCAGAUUGCCUACAGCCUGUUGAGCGGCAUCUUGGGUUUUCUGGUUUUUCGCUCUUCGGCCUGGAAUGCGGUGGCCGAGUCUGCUGCAGAUGAUGUAAGUGAGCCGUCCGGCACAGCGAAAGAUGAGCCCAAGUCCACAGCAGCCAGGAUUUGGAACAUUGUGCUGACGAGGGAGUUCCCCUGGCUGGCAGCCCUGCACUUGAUCCCAAUCGCCUACUCAUUCGCGUGGCUUGGAAACUGGUCGGUUUGCGCAGAACGGCUCCUGAUCCCUGAGGAGGAUCGCACGCGCAUUGGACUUGGUCUCGGGCUCUUCUCAGCAGCUGGCCGAAUCCUGUUUGGCCUCCUUGGCGAUUGGGCUCCAGGGGGACGAGGGAAGAUGGGACUUGAGCUCGGCUUCGUUGGGAGCGUCGGCUUAUUCCAGCUGGCGUUCUUACUGUUAGAACACGAUCAGCGGACUUUCUUCGAGCUUGCUAUGCAGCUGCAAUGCUUGGGCUACGGUGGCCUCCUCUGUUUGGCUCCGGUAGCACUUCGCGCAGGUUUUCCUGUCGAGGAUCUCGGAACAAGCUUCGGACUGCUCUACCAGCUGCUGGCGGUGACCUUCACGGUCUUCAACUGGGCUGCAGUGCCAACCCCUGGUUGUGUGGGCAGCGACUGCUUCCAGGGCUUCUUCAGUGUGGCUUCGAUACUUAAUGCAGGCUGUUUGCUUUGGGCGCUAACUCGGCUGGUUCGUGCGUCUCAGAAGGUUGCGUCCACGUCAUUGCGGGCCAGAAAACUCUGA